UAUAAUCUGUUAUUCAGUAAUUUGCUCCAUUUCGGAGAGUUAUACGCAUAACUGUAGAACGAUUUAACUUUUAAGCCUAAUAUAUCGUUAGUGGGCAACGAGCUUCUUGCGUAAUUCCGGGAGCAAUAAUUUCGCACCUACGCGAGAAUUCUGCACAUAGCCGGUCGUUAUUAUUCCAUUGUGAGAUAGUUCGUUAUGAAAGCUCCGGUGAAAUUGACAAAGUUAAGUACUGGAACCGAGAGUAAUUUUUGAAAUCACCAGCUGCGUUGGAUUUAUGCAUAUCCGAGAGUCUAUUCAUAAAUCAUUGUAAAGAAAUAACCGACGUAAAAAGAAGCCCGGGCGAUUCACGUAGGUAUAUCAUCUGACAAUUUGCAUCCAUUCAAAGCUAACGAUCUCCACAUUGUUAGGAUAACAACGCGAGUUUACAUUAUUCGUUGGAACUUACAUAAUUGAAACAAGAUUAGAUAUAUCUCUCGAUUAAGCAGACAUGCUUGACAUAAAUAAUUCAUAAGCGUGGCAUUGAUGGACGAUACUUAUGCAUGCAUUUCCGACAUUAAACUUUGGAAAAAUAGAUCUAAACUAAACCUCAGAGAGCCUGGAAUCUAAAAAUAUACCUGCACCUAGAAAAUAUGUAUAUUGUCAACUGGGACAGAGAGGCGGAUGAAAGACCAGGGACAAAGAGAAGUUGCGAGCAAGUCGGACCUAGUCGGUUCGUUUCGGUAUCCCUCGGUAUAACAUUUCGUCCAGAUACUUUUCUUUGGCCCAUGAAAACUAUUCUACACAUCAGGUAGAAAGUUAGACGAAUGCAUAUCUUGUCUCGUGCAUCGCAGCUGACGGUUAAAAGUUCAAAGCUAAUUUUGUUUGCUCUCCAUUUAUUUGAUAUCGUAAAGACGACUCGUUAUUUAUCUUCCGAUCUUUCGAACACGCGUUUGAGAUUUGCAAAUGCCUAAUUUCAGUGAAAACGUGCGUACGCGAGAAGUCUUGAGAACACAAUGAAGGGUUGCAAUUCGUAGAUAUCGUCGAAUCGAGUUAUACCUACAUGGUAGAUAUUGUUUCGACACAGUGUUUCGCGUUAUCGUGUUUUCAUUAGUUUAUCAUUACGACGAACGGAACUUUCUUUUGUAAUGAUAUCGUCGGACGAGCUUGUCAUUGAAGAAGUACUUGAGCUCGGAGAGGGAGAGAAGUCGCGCGAAUAAGUAGACAUGCCUUUAUUCUACUUGGACCUUGCGUGUCGGUCUGUCUGUGUAAUUGAUUGUAAUCGUGUUAUUUGCAAUGUACAUAUAUUAAUCGAAUUCAACCAGCAAAAGUGCGAUAAAAAUUAAUAGUGUGAAUUAAAUAAUUAAAUAUAACAGUGUGAAAUAAAAUCCAUAUAACGCAAGAAAAAUAAAUUACGCUGAAAUAAUUAUUUGGUGACACCAAAUAAAUAUAGCUGGCACAUCGGAAGCGGUAAACUUGUCAGAGAGUGAUCAGGAAGACAAGCGUGGCUGUUUAAGUCACUGUUUGGAGCCGCUGCUAAAGGACUCGACGAUAUUAGAGAUGGUUUGCUGCGGUUGUGGGGAUGAGCCUUCGCGUAAAGUGGAACCCACGACACCUGAUCAAGGUUCGCCGACGAGUUAUUCGGAAAAGAUCUUCGUGAAGGAUCGAUCAUGUACCGACAUUUUAGCUCUAAUUGUUCUACUUAUUCUCGUGGGUGGUUUCAUCUUCAUGAUGACGAACGUGGCAAAGAAAGGUGACAUUUACCGCGUGAUAAAUGGAUAUGACGAUUGGGGAAACGUUUGCGGUCGCGUAACCUCGUUCGAAAGCGAUCCCAAAUUUCACGGCAAAGGUGGUGAUUACACCAAAAAACCGUAUCUCGACAUUGAUAUCGAAUCGACAGGAGUGAAGAAACGUACAUGCGUCACAAAUUGCACUCCAAAUGAAUUCAAAUUCCUGAAUCGUUGUCUACACAAGAAAGUGUCGGACACUAUUAGCUCUUUAAUAAGGACUCUUCGUUUGGACAGUUUUUACAAUGACGCAGUCACCGAUUUGGGAAUUGCAUGGCACGAAUUGAUUUAUCUUUUACUGAUAUCUUUGGCACUUUCUCUCGGUAUCCUGGUGGCUUUCCGCUAUAUGGUACAAUACGUCAUCUAUAUCGUAUUGAUCGGCGCAGUUUUGGCAUGUAUCGGUGGCACAACGUAUCUCUGGUUAGCGUGGUAUCAAGAGAAGAAGAGCCUGGACAGACAAGAGAUUGACCCGGAGGAUUCUAGCCUGCAGCCUUACUUCAUCUACGCUAUCAUUAUGUCGGUCGUUACUGUUAUCGUUCUAUUAGUGAUUCUGGUAAUGAGAAAGAGAAUCGAACUGGUCAUGCAACUCUUCCGGGAGGCGGGUAAAGCCGUGUGCGCGAUGCCGGCGUUGCUGUUUCAGCCGAUUUAUACGUAUCUGUUCAUCGGAUUCACCGUGGUGGCAUGGAUUUACUGUAUGCUAUGGAUCGAGAGCGCCGGUGACAUUUACUUGAAUAAGAAGAAUCACGUGCAUUUUAAGAAGGACGCGUUACUCAUUGCGACGAGAUGGUACAAUCUGUUCCUAUUUUUUGUGGCGUGCGAAUUUUACCUGGGCUGCCAACAUAUGGUCGUCGCUUGCGCCGUUGCUCGAUGGUUUUUCACGAGGGACAAAAGACGUCUUUCUUUACCGGUGGUAAAAGGCUUCGGAUAUCUUAUAAGAUAUCACAUGGGCACAGUUGCUUUCGGGGCUUUGAUAAUAGGUAUUGUUCGAUUAAUCAGAGCCAUGAUUUCCUUCGUUCAAAACCACCUGAAGCAAUAUGACAAUGCUGUCGUAAAAGGAAUAAUAUGGUGUUGUCAAUGUUGUCUCUGGUGCUUCGAGUGUGCUCUAAAAUUCCUCACUAGGAAUGCAUACAUCGAAACAGCCAUAUACGGAUGCAACUUUUGCACGGGCGGAAGAAAGGCUUUUCAAGCUUUGUCCAGCAACAUUUUGCGAGUAGCAGCGAUUAAUAGUGUCGGUGACUUUGUUCUAUUUCUGGGAAAAGUCCUCGUCGUCACCCUCACAGUCAUCUCAGGGAUUUAUUUGAUGCAGAAAAAGGAAGGACUUAAUCAUCCUUGGAUUCCAAUCACUCUCGCGGGAAUAUUUGCAUUCCUGGUCGCGCAUUGCUUUAUAUCUAUUUACGAGAUGAUCAUCGAUACCAUAUUCUUGUGCUUCUGCGAAGAUUGCGAAAAGAACGACGGCAUCAGCCGACCUUAUUUCAUGAGCCGCGGUUUAAUGGAAUUCGUGGAGAACAGUAAAAAAGCUUUGAGAGAGCUCGAACAAGGAUCCGCGGCUGCGUAACAAGAAUAAUUCAAGUUUAAAUGGAUGUUGCUGUGGAAAGCAACAAAAUGCAUCGCGUUAAAAUUCCAUGUUAUAAGACCAAUGCUAAAUAUAAUAUUUAUCAGCAUGGAAAUUACGCCGAAAUAUUGCGUAAAUAGUAUUGGAUAAUUCCAAUGAUCUUCUCGGAAGAUGAUUACGAAAUCUCUUUCUUCGAAGAAUUUUCUUAUAUGCGCACCAGCUGUCUUCUCUGUUAGUAUAACAUAGUUACCGAAGUCGUUCCAUACCAACGAAGCGCAGUGUUGCACACAAAUGAUCAUUCCAAUGAUCGAUUUGACGGACUGAUUACUUUACGAAAAAAUAUUAUGAUCUAUUCUCUAUAUAUUUUUUCGAAGUUCCUACUCCUAAAAAUAUUUUUUAUAUGACAAAGAGCGUAUGUAUUUCUAUAUAUCUAAUGUUAGCUGAGAGAUGCACAGAGAGAAUUUUCUCUUGGAAUUUACCCUGAAAAUCAUGGUAAUCUA